AUGAGGGAGUCGAUUUUCACUGGGAAGAUUCCUAUAUCGUGCCCAAACGAAGAAAUACCUUGGCAGAUGAAGUGUGACAUUGUGCGCUCGGACGAUGAGAUUGAGAUCCGACUCAUAGAUACAAGAGAUAUCUUUACAUUCUACUUCAGCACAAUAUCUCCAGGAGACUUCUAUGUAAUGAAGAGAGAGCAAGACAUUAUUGUUGACUACGAAAGGUUUGUAUCGAUUUUGGUGAAAAUGUUCCAUAGCCUGCACAGUGGAAAGCUGAGGGGAUUGUUUUCGAAGGAAACCAACAAGUUUCUGUUUGUUGAGAAGGAUGAUUUUAGGAACAUAAUCAGGCUAGAAUUGAAGUUUUCAAAGCCCGACGAAACACAUUACAAGAUGUAUCUUGGAGACAUGAUAGGCCGAAUGGAAUCUGACAACGUGAGGCUUAUUAAAGAGAAUGGAAUGCUUCGAGACAAGUGCAAGAAUGGAGAGAAGGAGGUAAGAGACAGGAUCAGAUACCUGGAAGAGGAAGUUUCUGCUUCACAAAAGAAAAUAGAUAAGCUAUAUAAGGAGAAUGAGAUGCUGAGCGAAAAUAACAACUCCCGGAAGGAAGAGGUUGACCGAUUGAGCAAUAGAGUUUAUGAUUUAGAAAAGGAAAACGGGAGACUACAGUAUGAUCUGGAUAAGCUUAAACUUCAGGAUGUGAAGAACUCAGGGCUUGUUGAAAGAGCCCAAGAGAUAGAGGACGAAAACAAAACUCUCAAAGAGGAACUAAACACAGCAAAUGGGAUAAUAAGAAAGUACAACGAUGAUAUGGCACAGAUGAAGAGCACAAUAAAUGGAAAUGAAGAAGCGUCAAAGGAUCUUCGGUUGAACAACAAGAAGUACAAAGCUGAGAUCGAGGACCUCAAGAAGAAGAUGAAGGGAAUGGAAGAGAAAAUGAAAAAGAUGAAGGAGGAAUUGAAAGCAAAAGAGUCCAGAUUGAAAGAUCUUGAGACUGAAAACAUAGGGCUUGUAAAAAAACUUGAGAAUGCACAGAGCGUCUACAGCCACUUCUACAACAAAAACAUUGAAAAUCCUACAUCGUUAAAUUACUCCGACAACGAGAGUAUCUUCUCGAUAGCUCCUGAAUCUUCUCCCCAUUGA